AUGUACUCCUCAAUUGUGCUUCUCUCCGUCCUCGCCGCCUCGGCGGUGGCCCAGAACUCGACCACCUACACCUUCCCUCAGGGAUUCAACAUUGGCUUGGUGGAGCCCAAUGAGCUGGCCUCGUGGUGCCAGGGCCAGCGUAACGUCUGCCCGGAUAUGUGCAAGGGCUCGACCGACUCUAACAACUGCGAUUCUACUACACUGCAGUUCCAGUGUACAUGCAGUGACGGCACCACCCCCGACUCCAGCCAGUACAUCCAGACUGUUCCCUUCUAUGUCUGUCAGGCCACCUACGGGCAGUGCAUCGACGCUCACCCCAAUGACGCCAAUGGCCAGAAGGCUUGCAAGGCUGCUGCGACAUGCGGAACCAAGAACGCCACUGCCUUGAACGAGGCUGCUUCUUCCUCGUCCACCUCCAUGUCGGCCACGAGCACUAUGUCCAUGACCACUUCCACUUCGUCAAGCACGACCAGCUCCUCCUCGGUGGCUGCGGAGAGCACGACUAAGAACGCCGCCAUCACUCUUGGCGAGGAAUACUCGACCGGUAUCAUUGCUGGUGCGAUGUUCCUGGCUGCUCGCAUGUUCCUGUAA